AUGUGGAACUCCUCCGAAAUCGACGAGGCCUAUGCCAACAUGACCCACGUGUCACCUCCAUCCCCAGCAAUUGCUAUAGUAUUCGGCUGUUUCACUACAGUCGGCAUUAUCGGAAAUAUAGCUCUACUACUAUACAUUCUGAUUCAUAAACUUUACCAGAACUUCAUCUCAUCCCAUUUCAUCGCACACUUGUGUGUUACCAAUCUUGUUGCAUUACUCGUACUUUUGCCAGUAUUUCUAUACACAAUAUGGACGGGUGUUAACGUAUUUCAAAACAGCAACUUCAUGUGUCGAUUGCAGGCGCUCCUGACCUGCACGGUAUGGACAGUAAUGGCGUUAAUGGCCCUCUGUAUCGCAGGCGUGCAUCUGCUGACAUUUGCCAGAAUUCACUACGAUCAGUUGUUCGGUCUUCGGCCAGGCAUACUUUGUAUGCUUUCCUGGGUGAUAUCGUUGGUCUUAGCCUUACCAUCCGCCACCAAUGGGCACAUUGUCAUCUACGAUCCUUCGUUACGACAUUGCGUCUGGGGUCACUCAGAUUCUGGGUUGAAAUUCCUAACCUAUUUAUUGAUUCUUGGCGUAUUCAUACCGGCCGCGUUCUCUUCUUAUGCAUACAUACGUGUGCUUGGAAUACUCUACCACAGCCCUAUCGUAUUCCAGUCGCUUGGAUUGUAUAAGAGCCGAUUUCUCGUCUACGCGUUUCUGCUCAGCCCGAUGUACCAAGUACCAUUCUAUGCGGUCACAAUGAUGCAUGCUAAGCACACUUGGCGUAUCCAGACAGAUGCAUUCUGGCCGGCUAUCUGCAUGUUCCUAGCGUUCACUCAAUGUCUCGUCUCGCCGGCACUCUAUGGAGCCAGCUUAUUUAUGAUGAAGGAAGAAGACAUGGCACUGACGGCACGAACUCAUAAAAGCGCUACCGGAUACCAACACGUACAAUCGCACAAUUUGCAAGCUCAACUGAUUUAA